UGUAUAGCGAGUGAGACAGAAAAUUUUGUGCUGAAUGUUGCAAUAGGUAUAUUAGUAAAUUUGUUAUUUUAAGACUGUUGUAUAAUAUAGUGAAUAACUUAUGUUUUCGUCAGAAUAUUUUUGUAAAUUAUUGUACUUGGGGUGAUGGAGUCACCGCCUUCUUUCUCUACACACUCUGAAGCACCACCGUUGAGUGAAGAUAGUGGCCUUCUGAUUACAAGUGGUUCGUUUUCUAGUGACUCCGCAAGUGGAUGGCAUCAUAUCACGUCAGAGCUGCAAGAAAGCGAUUUUGAAGAGGGAUCCCUGUCCCUAUGCGAAUCAACCGACACACCGGAGCGUAUGUGUGAUGAUUUCUUUAAUACGGUAAAGAAAAACCCUGGCAAGACCGUGGUGACCCCCAUCGAUCCGCCGCCAGAAUUCCAGGACGAUCCGGUGCCUUCCACCCAUAUAGACCGGUUCAUCCCUGUAAGCGUGCCGCCUCGCAUCUCAUCCAUAGAUGAGAGCCCAAUCAAGGUUACUCCGUUGCCACUGGAUGUGAGAGUACACACCCGGCAUGUUUCACCUAUGUACCCGAGGAAGCUGAAGCCUGAGGCUUUGUAUGAGCGCCGACAGGGCUACAACCAUCGUUUUUCUAGUCCAAGGCUCCUACAUCUAAGCCCAUGCCGAGGCACCCGCCCCUCUUCGCGGAACUCUCUCACCUCCCGGCUUUCGAGCAGCCACAACUCUCUUAUUACUCAGUUCCAAGCUGACGAUUCGAACUUCAUUACUCAAGCGAUAUCUCAUGACACGCUCUCCGCCAAAACUUCGGAUAUAACGGACAUGUACAAUGUCCCAUUUGACAGCGAUAUCUACGCGGUUCCUAUAGAUAUGGUGCGUCCUAGCCAUAGCAAUACUAGGGGGAAGCCCAAGAAGCCAUCCAGACCCAACAAGAGACGUGGCAAGAGCACCCCACAGAACAUCGGUAGCAACUUUACCCCGGUGGAAAGGAGCCAUAGGCCAAAAGAUUCUAGUCGGCCGAAGGACUCCAAAACUAAAAGGCACAGCUUGCCUAGUUCCUCGGCCAAGAAGAACACCACUGAUUCGGACACCGAUUCGCUUCAUCUCACUUUGCGAGAAAUGCGAAAGUAUUUACAUACUCUGUACUCUAGCUCGAGCGACUCUGAAUGCCGCAAUACUAUCCACAAGAAGAGCAACACUAUAAUAACUAAUGUUGGUAUCCAUAUGCGGCACACAACCAACAAGGAGUCCGCUACUACAGUGUUCUUAAAAGAGACUAAUGAAAUUCCCAGACCGGUGGAAGCGAAUAACAACCACAGAAAUACGAACAAGAAUUCGGCGUCCACUACGACGAAGGUUAAGAAGCAUAAGGAGAACGCUCCUAAGGAAGCACCGGAAGUCGAGAAACCAGAGAAGGUGACGAAGAAAACUUCGAACGCGAAAACGAAAAUGUCUCCUGUGAGGAUGCUGUCGAUGAAUCUGAAGCAGAGCUUCUGCAACUUGUUCCGGUGGCGGCGCUCGGGGUCGGAGGAGGCGUCAAGCACGUCGCGUCCGGCGCCCGCCUCGAGCCGCACCGUAACCAGCUCGCCGCCUGCCGCCGUGCGCCGAGCCCUGCCACCGCUGCCGCAGUCACCGCAGUCAUCCCACACCACGCACUUGGACUUUGCCACUUCUAUUCAAAAAGUUAAGGAUUACCCGUGGUAUUGGGGCCCCAUAUCUGUGGAAGCGGCUGAGAAGAUUCUCUCCAACGAGCCGGACGGCUCAUUCAUUGUACGCGACAGCAGUGACGACCACUACAUCUUCACACUUACCUUCAAGCUCAACGGUCUCCGACAUGUUCGCAUCGAACACGAUCAAGGUAACUUCUGCUUCGGCGGUUGCACGAUGUUCAAAGCGCAGACGAUAGUUGAAUUCAUCGAGAACGCAGUGGAGACGUCGCGUUCCGGCCGCUAUCUGUUCUUCCUGAACCUACGGCCAGUGCUGGGGCCGGUGCGUGUGCAGCUGCUCUACCCCGUGUCACGCUUCAAGCGCGUCCAGAGCCUGCAGCACACCUGCAGAUUCGUGAUUCUUAAAUACGUGCGACGCGAUCUGAUCAGCAGUCUGCCACUACCUCGUCGUCUGCUGGACUACCUCAGCGCUACUCAUUACUACUCAGAAUUACUAGCCGAAAUUUCUUUCAGAAAUAAGUAAUGAAGCGAACGACGACGCCCCUGUUGGUGUCAGCCA